AUGCUCAAAACAUCACCCGACUUUUUUUCUAAGGAUAAUGGUAGCAUUGUCAAGGAUAACUCUUUAGUUCAUGAUGUUCCAAGAUUAGUUGAGAAGAAAUUAGAUUUUCCUCUUCUUUUUACUCUUGACCCUUCUGUUGAGGAUCUUGGUCAUUAUGCUGGUUAUUACUCACUUCCACAUACGAUGGGCGCAAGGAUGUUCUACUAUUUCUUUGAAUCACGAAAUAGCGAGGGUGACCCAGUUGUGAUAUGGUUAAGCGGAGGACCUGGAUCCAGUUGUGCCAUUGCAUUAUUUUACGAAAAUGGUCCUUUUCAUAUCAAAGACGACCUUUCUCUAAAAUGGAAUGAUUAUGGUUGGGAUAAGACAUCAAAUAUUAUUUAUGUUGACCAGCCUACAGGAACAGGUUUUAGCUACACAAUUGAUGAUCAUAAUGAUAUACGUCAUAAUCUAAUUGAUGUCACUAAUGAUCUGUAUAACUUCUUACAGGAAUUUUUUAUGGCACAUCCUCAGUUUGUUCAAAAUGAUUUCUUUAUAACUGGACAAUCUUAUGCUGGACAUUAUGCUCCAGCUCUAGCUUCUCGAAUCUGCCAAGGAAAUAAAGAAAGACAAGGAAUUCAUAUAAAUCUUAAGGGACUUGCUAUUGGUAAUGGAAUGACAAAUCUUAAAAUUCAAUACAAAGAAUUACCGGGUUAUGCUUUGCAAGAAAGUCUAAUUGAAGAAUCAAAUUACUCACGUAUAAUGAAAUUGGUUCCACAAUGUGAAUCAUCUAUAGAAGAUUGCGUCGCGGGUAACGAAAGUGCUUGUAUUACGGCGCAUAAAGACUGUGAUCUGAUAAUUAAAGAGAUCCUUGACGUUGUCGGGUGGGAUAUAAAUUACUAUGAUAUUAGAAAGAAGAGUAAGGGUGCUCUAAACUAUGACUUCUCGAACGUUGAGAAAUUUUUGAAUAAUCAAUCAGUAAAGGAUGCUCUACGUGUUUGGAACAAACCAUUUAUCUUAUGUAACAAAGCGAUAUAUGACGCAUUGAUUGGAGAUUUGGCGAAGAAUUAUGAUGUUGGAAUUCCUACUCUACUAUUGGAUGGAAUCAAGGUGCUUAUCUACGCCGGAGAUCAGGAUCUAAUAUGCAACUGGGUUGGAAAUCUCAAGUGGGUGUCUGAAAUGAAAUGGUAUGGAAAAGAAGAAUUUGAAAAAGUUUCAAAUGUUUCAUUCGUUGUUGAUGAUGUAGACGCAGGACUUCUGAGAAACUAUGGACCUCUCACUUUUAUCAAGGUUUAUAAAGCUGGUCACAUGGUUCCAAUGGAUAGACCAAAAGUGGCUUUCCAAAUGAUAUGGAAUUGGAUGAUGGGAAACCUAACUCGUUGA